AUGGUGUUGUUAUUUGAAAAUCGUGUCGAAGGAUUACCUGCCGUUACGUAUUCGGUGAAUUUAGUUGAGGAUCCAGGAAUGUUGGCGUCCAUUAGUAAAGUAGAAAAUCGUGAAGCUGAUUCUGGGACCAGCAGUCCGACAGAGCAAUGUUCGUGGAACCAAGAGAUGAAUUGUGAUUCAACUUGGAUUACAAGGAAGUCUCCUUCAUACAAUAGUUCAAAUCAUAGUGAUCCGGAACCGUCUCCUCCUUUAAGAACAAGACGAGUAAGAACUGCUUACACUACCGAGCAACUGGUCCACUUAGAAAAGGAAUUCCACUACAACAAAUACCUAUGUCGCCAGCGUAGAAUACAAUUGUCCCAAUAUCUCAAUCUCAGCGAAAGACAAAUUAAAAUCUGGUUCCAAAAUCGUAGAAUGAAGAUGAAGAAGGAUAAACAAAAUAAUUCAACUUACCAGUUGGACAAUUUGAAACAUAAAACAACUAUAAAGGCGGAAAACGCAGAUAUUGUAAGUCGUUUGUUAAAUCAUUCUGCUCUGGUACAAAAGAAUCAACAUUUAAACCAAGUUGUUGAAAAGCCUCAAGAGGUACCGUUAAGUUGUUACGAAAAUAGUACUUUGCCUGUCACUAAUUCGCAAAUACCAGCGGCGUCCUUUGUUAAAGACGAGACAAUGUAUCAGGCUAAUUAUUAUGGAAACCAAUACUACUCCGAAUCCAUUUGCCAGCAAAAUAAGGAAAAUGAUUACAACUUCCCCACCAAUGUAGAAGUCAGUGGAUAUGUCGAUAAUACAUUUGUGUAUGACUAUGGAUACGAUUAUAAUGGCUACAAUAUGGGUAACACUUAUGAACAAUUUGAUAAUUUUGCUGCUACAGCUGUGGGCUUAGCGAAUCUUUAA